GAGAAUGAGAAUGAGAAUGAGAAUGAGAAUGAGAAUGAGAAUAAUAAUAUAGAGAUAAGGUAAGAGCCUCGUUAGAUCUAGAAAUCAGAACGAGGAUUCUUCUCUUUAAAGAAGAGAGGGGAGACUUUCUCAAGCAUGAAAAAUCACCACGGAAGUAAACUUCUUUCUCUUUCAAGGUUCUUCAGGAUUAUUUGGUUAUAAAUAAACUCAAAUCUGUAUUGAACUUUCUAUACCCUCUUUGUUUAUAUCUCCCUUUUCUACCUCCGCAUAUUCUGCUACAUACCACCCUCCAACCCAACAUGCCUCAAAACCCAUCCCGCUUCCCCCAGUUCUGGGUAUUCUGGGACCUCCCCAUCGAACUCCGCCUCAAAAUAUGGACUCAUCUCCUCGCGCCCCCUCGAAUCGUGCAACUAGCCACGCGAGCAAACCCAGCCAACGCACCGCUCGUCUCCCUAACCAAACCCCCCAUCCUCUUCUCCAUCAACCACGAAACGCGCACUCUCGCCCUCUCAACCUACAGCUUCCUCCCCAUUCCGCACAUGCGCAUCCCGGUGUCCCGAACCGAAGAUACCGUCUACAUAUCCUUGUCGCGGGUGCGCUCUCAUCGGGAAUCUCAGGAUGAUCGUCACAUUGCCACGAUCUUAUCUCUUCUUUCCUAUUUUCCCAUCUCCUCUUUGGGACUCACUGCGACGUUUUGGGGUAAGAUGUGCGAGUUGCAUAAUCUUAUCUCUAUUCUAGCAGGUAUGCCUCAUUUGCGAAAGGUACUGAAGGCUAUUGAGUAUGGAAGGGACUUUGAGGGCAAGUUGGGGUUUCUGGAUGUACCGGAUUGGAGACAGAACUGGAGAGGAAUGGCGGACCAGGUCGAGGCAAAUAUCAGAGAUCAAAGGGAGAAUUUGAGUGUUGUAGGGAGAGUAAUGGGAGACGUGAAGAUGAGAUAUGUUUAUUUGACAAAAGGGGAUGAGAUGACUUGAGUGGACUUUCAAAAUCUUUUGAUCUUCGAAUCAUUCAAUGUUUGGUCUACUUCUUGAGAAUUGUACAUCAGAUACGCGAAAUAUUUAAAAGUACCAAAACACAACGUUCACUUGAACUUUUUUGUCGUGCUUUGAAGGCAAGAGAUGAAAUCAGA